AUACCCAGGGAUAUCGGUUUGAAAACGACACCACCAGCUUAUUGUAAAAAUAGAUUCUAAGGCCAAUAGGCUCAUUGAUUAAGGAGUGCCCUCCUCAAGAUUCGUCAAGUGCAUUCCGAAAGGCAGAGGACAUAUAGCGAUAUCAACAGUGAUCUUUGGAGGAAAUCUGCAUAGCUCAGGUGACUCUCUGCGAAAUUGACAAAUUAUUGAAAUAUGGUGAAUUUUCGUCGCUAUGAUACGAUCUUUUAACUUGUCUUAAAACUGAUCAAUUAAGCCAUUAAGGAAACGUGUGGUUUUUUUUUUCUACAAAAGAGAAACAUUCGACGUUAAUAGAAGGGUGCUACAUAAACAUUGAUGUAACUGCAUUAAAGGAGCCAUAAACGUAACUUGUAAGUAGAGCUUUGUACAUCAAUAUGUGUUAAAACUUAAUUGGGACAUAAAUACAACUUUAAUGGCUCAAUUUGUUUUAUGUUUUUAAAGCGGUGACGAAAUUAUUGACUGGACACAAAAGCAGUUCGAAGAAAGCGGAACGAAGAAUUUGUUUUUAGCCAAGCUUCUAUUCUAUAAAAAAAAUGCAAAAUUACAGCCCAGAAACCUGGACACCAGUUAACCCCCAGAGAACUCCAUCCACCUCAUCAUCGACUGCAACGAUAACAGGGCAUCUCAUUGCUCCUCGUCCAGAAGCUGCCCCCAUUGGCCACUUGACCGCCCCUCAUCACCCGACAUCGGCCGUACCGCUAACCCAUCGCUAUACUUCUUUCUACAACAAUUUGGAUGGCAGCUCGAGUAAUUCCUCGGCCACCAUCCCGCCCUACAACGAUGAAUACUCUGCGUGGAAUUCCUUCGAUUUUUCAUCGCCGACGACCCACCCCCACCCACAUCAAGCGACAAGGAGUCCAUUUGCAGCUGCCGUGCAUCAUGGCCACUUUCACCAUCACAGUCCCACUGCAAUGACGCCGAACCCACAACCGACCGGUCUUAAUCCCACCGCUGCCACCAUGGGUGUUGGUUCACAGCACCGUGACACGCUGCUCUCUGCAGCGGCUGUGGCAUCAGCAGCAGCGGCGGCCGCGGUCUCAGGGAGCAACUUCGUCAACAUUUCUCAUCGACAUCCUUCUUUCACGUCACAAAGCCAUGGCAGCAACUGGGUUCCGCCGUCAUCGUCCAGUUCGGCUCGGAGGACGAAAAGGAGACCGUAUUCGAAGCUCCAGAUCAUCGAACUCGAAAAAGCUUUUCAAGAAAACAUGUACUUGACAAGGGAGAGGAGGACAAGAAUAGCAGAUUCUCUUAAUCUCACGGAUCGACAGGUGAAAAUCUGGUUCCAGAACCGCCGCAUGAAGAUGAAGAAGAUGACAGAGCGAGAACGAACUGAACAGGAGCAAAUAGAACGAGAAAAGCAGGCCCUGGGAGCAAAGUUUUACAUCAAGACAGAACCAACAAUGAUGUGAUUUUGAUAAAUCCUAUAAUGCAUUUACACCUUUGUAAUUAUGAAAAAUGCUACAGCCGGUUGCAUUUACAGUGUCAUUGGUAUGUCAUGAUUACAUUAUAAUUGGUCAAAAUUAAAAAUGAUCAAAUGGUAUCAAACAGCAAAGAUGGUGUUGACAAUUCUCCGUGCCAUAAGAUACGAUAUGCUGACAUUUGAUACAAAGAUUUUGCAUAGCCUACCAUCAGGGAUGGUGCCACGUGGUGAGCUCCCCCCCCCCCCCCCCGCAAGAAAAAAAAUCUUCUUGGAGAGAAAAGAGGGAAUGGGGGAGAAAAGAUGAAAGAAGAAUCUAACAUAGAGUGAUAUGUCGCAUGUAGCACGAUAAUACCCCUAUAUUAUUCCAUUUAAUAAUAAAAAUGUCAAUUUUAGGUCAUCUUGCCUCACCACGAGCAAAACACCCUGCCAUCAUCCCCGACUAUCACCAUUUCAUUUUUUAAUGAUGUGAUAUAAUGCAUCUAAAAUCAUGGGUAUUGGAAAUAAAUAUAAUUUCCAUCUAAACCAAUAUAUAAUAUUGUAUAUUUGAAUAGUUUUUAUAUUGGAAAAUCCUUGAAAUAGACAGAUUGAAAGAAGGGAAUUUAUAUUAAAGCCCCCGUAUUUUUAAUGAAGUAUAUUUGUGCAAUAUCAGAAGGGUGUAUUCUAGGUCGGCCUCAAUGCUACAUUUUGACAAGCCUUGGUCUUGACUGUAUCUCUUUUACAAAGUCAAUGGGAGAAAGAGUAAUUAAAUUCAUUGUUUGGGAACAAGGCAAAGUUUUUUUGUAUGUAGAGAAUAUGUUGAAAAUGCUAUUGUUAGCAAUAAAACACAUAUGAUAAACAA